AUGGGACCGAAACUGGACGAAUCAAGUGGAAGUGUGCCUUCUAACGAGGCAAGUGCACAAACGCCUGCAUCUGAAGGAAGCUUGGCGAGGGAUACCGGCGAUGUAUUCAGGGUGGGCAUUAAGGUGCCGCCAUUUUGGCCGGAGGAACCGGACAUUUGGUUCGCCCAAAUAGAGGGCCAAUUCGACUUGCAGAAAAUAACAAGUGACUCGACGAAAUUCAAUUAUGUUAUAAGCCACUUAGAUAACCAACAUUCGCGAGCUGUGAAAGAUAUUAUCGUCAAGCCACCUCCAGAGCGAAAAUAUGAAAAGCUGAAAACAGAAUUAAUACGGAGGUUAAGUGACUCGAAGGAAAAGAGGAUCAAACAGCUAAUGAUGCACGAGGAGCUUGGAGAGAGGAAGCCGUCCGAGUUCCUGCGACACCUGCAGGGGCUGGCUGGCGUCAGCGUGGACGACGACUUCAUGAAGAACUUGUGGAUUGGCCGCCUGCCGCACGGGAUCCAGACGGUGCUCGCCGGGCAGCCCAACACUUCGACGUUGGAAGACCUCGCAGACCUGGCCGACCGGGUCAACGACCUGGCCACCGCCGCGCCGAGGGUCGCCGCCGUCAGCAACCCAGUCCCCGGUUCGGCGUUAAGUGAUCUCGCCCGGGAGGUCGCGGAGCUUCGGCGAGAGCUGCGCGAGAUGAAGAUGGGGCACACGAGAGCCCCCAGGUCCCGCGCGUCAUCAUCAUCGCGACGCGACCGCAGCGGCUCUGCCUCUAGACGUCGUUCCCAGUCCAACUACAGGAAGUAUCCAGUGUGCUGGUACCAUAGCAAAUUCGGAGACCAGUCGACCAAGUGCAACCGGCCGUGUGACUACGCCGCGGCGGAAAACGGGAAGGGCGGUCUGUAA